UGACUACAUUUCCCAUGAUGCACCGGCUGGUACCGGAAGUUGCUACGUGUUCAUUCUGGCGACAGACACUUCAGGAAGCAUCUACAAGCAGCUACAAAAACAGCUCCAGAAACCAGCAAGUUGGUGCUUUCUCCUGAGAAGGAGAGCAACAAAAACAGCACCAUGUUGCCGACCACCACGCCGAACAGCAACGGCGCCCUCGGUGCAAGGGACGCUGCACGUCACACGGCAGGCGCCAAACGCUACAAGUACCUGCGGCGGCUGUUCCAUUUCCGACAGAUGGACUUUGAAUUUGCCCUGUGGCAGAUGCUUUACUUGUUUACGUCACCGCAGAGAGUCUACCGCAACUUCCACUACAGGAAACAGACCAAGGACCAGUGGGCCAGGGACGACCCGGCUUUCCUUGCACUGCUCAGCAUCUGGCUAUGUGUGUCGACAAUAGGCUUUGGUCUGGUGCUGGACAUGGGAGUCGUGGAGACUCUGAAGCUGCUGCUGUGGGUGGUCUUUGUUGACUGUAUAGGAGUCGGUCUUCUCAUAUCAACCCUCAUGUGGGUUAUCACCAACAAGUACCUGCUGAAACAACCCAGCAAAAAUUUUGAUGUGGAGUGGGGCUACGCGUUUGACGUUCACCUCAAUGCCUUCUACCCGCUUCUAGUCAUCCUGCAUUUCCUGCAGCUCUUCUUCAUCAACCAUAUUGCGGUAAUAAACGCCGACUGGUUCGUGGGAUACUUUGUCGGGAACACUUUUUGGCUGAUCUCCAUCAGUUAUUAUCUCUACAUCACGUUCUUAGGAUACAACGCUCUCCCCUUCCUGAAGAACACCGUGGUGCUGCUCUACCCCUUCGCUCUGCUUGUCCUCAUCUACAUCCUCUCCCUCUCUCUGGGCUGGAACUUCACUCGGGGGCUCUGCUGGUUUUACAAGUACAGGGUCCAGUAGGACCAGUUUGUCUCUGGGCUUGGACUCUAGUUGGCUCCCGGCCGACUCAAAAUCUGUCUUCAACUCACACCUAGGUGACGACGAAUCCUUUUCCAGCUUCUGUCAGUCAACAUCUGGUUGGGAAAGACUCUGGUUGACUCUCGGUGAACUGGGACGCUGAGCCGGCUGACGCUGUUGAGUUUUCUGUUUGGCUCUUAUGUUGAGCUCCGGAGUGAACAGUGAUGUGUUUGGACUAGCUGCAGGAGCAGGGGGGACGGAUCAGAUACAGCUUUUACUGUUGUUCUUUUUGUAUGAUUUGUAAAUAUUCUGGCAGGUUGUAAUAUAUAUAAACAGAUGAAUGUUUCUGAAGAGGAAAAAAUUUGCUUUGUUUCUUUUGAGUUUUCUUAAAAAAAAAAAAAGACUGACAAAAAAUCCUGCUUGUUGAAGAGAAAAAAGGAAAGUGGAGGAACACGGGAUGGAGACUUUUUUUUUUCCCCUUUUCUUUUUUUCUUAAAGUGUACAUUCCAGCACUUUCAAUAAAAGGUUUUAUUAACGUA